ACAGGUAAAUAGCAGACACUCUAAGGUUUGGCAAAUCUUUAAGAUACUUUUUCAGUCACUAAAAUGUAUACUAAUUAUGUUGUACCUUGAAAGAAUAAUUUUGCUUCCAGAUGUGCUUGUUAGUUUCUUUUUAAAGACUACCAAGCUGCUUCAUUGCAUGCCUUGAUUGGGUAAAAUGAUAAAGGGCCUGAUCAAGUUACAAACUGAAAGUAACAUGAAUUAAAAAUUAGUGUUAUGCUUAGUAUUAGCUUAAGUAAUCACAGUUUUAUGAAUAAUAAUUAUUUAUCAACAGUAUGUCAAAAAAACAAGAAGAAUUAGAUUCUUCAUAAAGUCAGCAACUCAACUAAAUUCCAACUUCCCAAAACUGAAUCCUGAUAGCAAAAUAUGAAAUGUCUGAGAAAUGAUUGAUUUGGUCAAAAUAGCCGUAACUGGGACUAGAACUUUUACUGCUGAAAUUUACUAGAAUUAAAUUUGGAAAGUUAAAUAAAGAAUUAAAAAAUCUUUGAGGUGUUCUACUUAAUCUCUGUCCAUAUGUCUUGUUGAUUGUCUCUACCUCUUAAAUUAGGUAAUAUGAGUUGGAAGUUAGCUGAUGUUGGUUACUGGUCCUACCAAGGAGUUAAUCACAGUAUUCAAGGAAAUGGUGGACCUGAGUGCACUAAUUUUUUGUCUUUGUACCGCCGUGUAUGGGAAACUUUAAUUGCUUGUGCCAUUGGAUUCUUUGGUCUUUAUUAUGGGCUUAAGAGAUGUACUCUGCCUCCAGUUCCAAAAGUAUUUCGAGAAGAUAGAGGAGGGAAAAGAUUACUUUUAGUGCUGAUGUGUUUAGUGUUUGGAAUCGAAAUAGGUUUCAAAUUUUCAUCAAGAACCAUGAUAUAUAUUUUAAAUCCAUGCCAUGUCAUUACUACUAUACAAAUAUUUCUUCUUGCUGCCCCUCCUACAUCCAAAACUGUCACAUUCUUGUUCAGAAUCCAAAAUCAUUGCCUCUAUGGAGCAGUUUUGGCGAUUCUUUUUCCUGUUCUAAAUACUCGAAAACGACCAUUGGAAUUAGAGAUAUAUUGGAUUCAACAUUUUUUAAUUCUGAUUACACCUUUUUAUUUGCUCAGAACUGGAAUAUCAGGAGUUUACUCUUUGGAACCAUUAGCAGAUAUGAGUUGGGCUGCCUUGACUCUAGGACUUGUGUUUUUAUACCAUUUUUUACCUCUUCAAAUCUUAGGAAUGCUAACAGAAGUGAAUUUGAACAACAUGGUUUGUCCUGCAGUUUCAGAUCCAUUUUAUGGUCCGAAUUAUCGUAUUUAUGCUUUAUUCCACCAAGCUGCACUUAUACUUCUCAUUGGAAAAAUAUAUUCCAAAAUCAGUUUACUUUUACUUGAAGCAAUGGGAACUUUAGUGUGGACUGGUGAUAAACUUAUUACUACUGCAACAUCCAAAGAAAAACAAAUAUGUGUCACAUGCAAAGCUCAGUUGAUACAUGAAGGAUCUCAAAGCACUAGUAAAAGCCAUAUUAAUUAGAAAUUAAGCUAGGUUUUAGUUUUUAAAGGGCAAAAGCUCAUCAAGUACACUGUUAUCUAAAAUUGUAUCAAUGUGUUUUUGUUGGAUCUUGAUUGAUACUCAUUUUUCUUUGGAUAGUUAAAUAAACCAUAUUUUCAGAACAAAUUAAAAAUAUGCAAUUUACAGGGUUGCCACAGGUGACUGAAAUGCGACUAUUUGCAACUAUUUACGACCUGAGGCGACUAUGGCUACUUUUUUUGCCUGAAAAGGCUAUAAAAGCAACUAUUUUCAGGAAAAGGAGACUAUUGGGAGACUUUUCUCUGCUAGCAAUGUUUUUUUUUUUUUUUAAGCAAAAAUUGGGUUAACAACCUGUGGCCCGCGGUAGCUUCUGAACAUAGUGAAAUUUUUUUCUAAAAAAUAUUCAAUUGCAAAUUUGAGUCAUCACUUUUUAAUGCACUCAAUUUGCACAGAUUCCAUUGUGAAUUUAUUUUGUUUCUCAAUCGCCUUUUCAACAGUUAUUGCUAUGAAACUCUGCAUGAUUUUAAAGAACCCAAUUUUUAAUAUGAUACUAUGAUGCGGGAAUUUCGAAUUUUAGAAAAAUAUAUGUAUAUUUGCUAAAUCAAUUAUUGAUAAAAGGAAAAAUUAUGUGAAAGGGAAAAUUAAUAGAAAGAGUGUUUUUUUUUAGCAAAAAAUUAUUUUUCUUCAUUAAUUCUGGCAUUUAAGAGUUUAAUGUUCUGCAAAUAUGCUAAUUUUUUUAUAUAAAGAACGUUUAUUUAAAAAUUAUCAUAUUGGCCAUCAACUUGGCUGAAUGAAUCAUGGUAUAUUACAAUGAAGUCAUUUAAUAAAAUUUUAGUCAUAUUUUUGAAAAUUUUUUGUUCUUAUUUAGGCAACUAUUUUCAUAAUUUUAGGCUACUAGAAGCAACUAUUUUGUUCAUUUUUUUCUGUGGCAACCCUGAAUUUACGUGCAGACAAAAUUUUAACAUUAGGGGAAAAAAACUGCUUGCAUAAGACUAUUUCUUAGAAAGUAAAGUGGUUUUUAAUUAUGCACUUUAUAAAAUUAACUCUGGAAUAUGAAUAUUAUUUGUUUAUUUUAACAAGGCAUAUUUUCAAAAAAGAAACAAUGGACUUUUUGUCUGCACAUAACAUGCAUAUUUUGAAAGUACAUGAAGAUAAGGCUUAUUUUUAUAUUGUUAUACAGUGCUGUUUUCAGAGAUCUACAAAAGCAUGUUGUUCAAAUUUUAAACUUCAGUGUGUUGUCAGGGGAUGCCAUCUGCCAUAGAUUGUCUGUUGUAACUAUUAGUUAGUUUGCAUUUUGGUAGUUCAUGAUUCAAGAUUAUAAAAUGAAAAUGUACUACCUUAAGUUUAAAUAUAUUUGAAUCAAUGUAGUAUUUAUUUAGAAUUGCUAUUCAAUUGAUCAUUUAGUUAGCAAAAAUUUGUUUUCAAUCAAAAGUAUAGCUCUUUAUAUACACUCCGAUUUAUCAAUUUAAAUCAAAAUUUACUUUUAAUACUAUUUAUAGGAUAUGGUAGUUGUUCUAACUGUCUCAUUACAUAAUCAUUCUAUUGUGAGAAACUUGCUUUUAAGUUUCUUUUGUGUUUUAAAUUAUUAAUAGCGAUUUAAUCUCUUGAGAAUUAUGACUUCUUUUGAAAAUCUUCACCAAUCCCUAGAUAACUAAACAGUCAUAAAUUGAAAGCCCGGUUUUUGCAGCUUUUACAAAAUCAGGAUAUUGUUGUAGCCCUUUAGCAUUUUCAAAAACAGCAAUUAUUAUCACUUAUCUACAUUUCAAUAAGAAUUUAAAAGUGUUUUCCUUAAUCUAAGCUAAGUUUCUCUAUAUGUAAAGAAAUUAUGAAAUUUGAAAUGUUUCUAAUUUAUAGUGUAUGACUGGAGUAAAUAAGUACAGAAUAAUAUUUAUUUUUCAUUUUCUAUUACUUUGCAACAGGGCUGAAGGCUCUUUACUGAGUGGCAUUGGUGCAAAUCGGAUUAGGUUUCCGCCUUAACUGGUUUGCACGUACAUCAUAUGUGCUAUUCUAAGUUGGUCCUAAUUUGCUUACCCAUACGCUGUAUUGCAAUUGAUAUUCUUUUCCUGGUUUUACCUUAUUUUUAAUUCUAACAAAAUUAUGUAGUAUCACUGUUUCUACAGAUGGUGUAGUUUUUCCCUGAAAUACUUUUCAUUCAUGAAAGAGGGAAGGAAGCAAGAAUAUAUUUCUUUUUCAUAAUUUUUUUUCUUCUGAAGUUCUGAGAUAAAAUGUUUGCCCAUUUUUCUUAUUCUAAGCCUUUUUUGUCAGCUUUUCAUAAAAAAAAAUUGGCCAGUUAAAGGGUUAAAAGACCCUAUUUUAUUUAUCCUAGGAUUACAAGCAACUACAAGUUAGUUAUCUAGGGUUAAUUGAGGAUAUUAUUUAUUAACAAAAUCCAUCCAUUUAUUAUUUUAGCUCUAAUAUUUGACUUUACUUCUUUCUUUCUAUUAAGAAACUUGGUGCUUUUAAAGAAAUUUGAAGCUUAGAAUGUAUUUUAAUCAACUUGCAACAAUAAAUCUAUGGAAAAUCUUUUUUAUUGACAUCAAAAAGAUAUAUCUUUAAGUUGGCAUCCCUAUACUUUUUCAUAUACUAAAUAAAUAAUUAUUUUGUUUAUACUCUUUCCUUGACAAUUUAAUCUGUAUUAUGACAAGGUGAUUUAUCUAGUCUAUAAAUGUUUAUGAUGUAUGUUACUUAAAUGGAUUUAUUUUUUGUGAAAGUUUUAAUCCUAGAAAAUUAUAUUUACCUUUGUUUAUAUGAAUUUUAUUAGUAUAUAUUUCAUACUGUUUAGUUUAUUAUUUUGAUUAUUUAUUGUAAAUAUUGAAAUUUAAUUACAGUUAAUUUAAAAUUAUUUUGAAUUGAAUACUAUUUUGAUUAAUGAAAUGUUGUAUUAAUUAUUCAACAUUUUGGUAACACAAUCUUACAAGGCUGGAAAAUUCAUUCAAAAACCUUGUUAAAACCAUUAAAUUAGGUAUACAUCAAAUAUAUAUGUUUCACGAGAUUAUUUCAUUUUAUUAUGAUGAAUCGCUUAUCAAGUAUCAAAUAUAGAUUUAAUUUAUUUUAAAAAUUUCAUAUACUGAAUGAGUAAUGAGUUGAUGAAUUUGUAAGUAUUGUUAAUAUUAAAAGAAAGGGUAUCCUGUGUUCAUAAUUCAAAUGGAGUUAUCAAUUAUUUUUAAAAUCUCCUUUUACCUCAUAAUUUUUAAAUUUAAAAAGAUUUACAAUUAUAUUUCUAAUCUUAUUUCCUUCAUUCUGAUUUGAUGAAUAACUCAUUGGUAACCAUAUCUACUUUAAAAACUUAAUCCUUGGCAGUCAUAUUUUGGUUACUAUCUAACCCUUUAUUGGUCUUAUGAUUUUGUAGAAAACUGUUUUAAAAGCAGGGCUUAUAAUUUUUUAUUCAAAAUAUUUCUAUAAAACUGAGUAUAAUUUUGAAUUUUUAGCUGGAAUUAGAAGAAAAAUUUAAAAAUGGCUAAAUGUUGGUUUUCCAGCAAAGAGAAAAUUUUUUUAAAAACUUGAAUUUUAUUACACUUUUGCAUCAUAUAAAUAAUUGAUAAAUUUCGAAGCAUGGGAUGCAAAGACCAACAUCACAAUUUGGUCAGUUAUUGAGUCGGGAAACUACAUCUCUUUUAGAACAACAAACUUGGCAUUCUCUUCAUGGUUGGAAGGUAUCUGCCUAAUAAAAAAAUCUUUAAAUCUAACUGUUUAGAUUCUACAAGCUCGGCCAGCCUCUUUUUACAAUGAUAUUUAAUAAUGCAUUCAAAAGCACACACAGUCACAAGUGCUAUUCUCUGGUUUAAAAUUAGCUGUCCCUAAACACAUUGCAAAUACAGGGUUUCCACUCCACAGGGAAAACCUAGAAAAUACAAGGAAUUUUGUUUCUUAUUUUUGUCUUUUAAAAAAUGGUGACCACUCAAAGCCUAAUCUUGGGAUAUUUCAGCUUUUCUAGCAUUAUUUAAGUAUGUUCAGCUGUUUUUCAAGCAAUUAAAACUAACAAAUAUGGUUAACCCCAUAUAGCUCACACAAAAGCACAGUAAUUGUUGUUUCCUCUUUAUAUAUUGUGUUUAAUAUGUGCAGGGAAUUUUUUCCCCUGAUUUGAGUGGCAACCCUGAAAUAGUCUGGUACUGCCAUCUGGUGUAUAGAUUGAGAAAUAAAAAUGAUUUCGAGGAUCAGAUUUAAAUUACUUUUUGAACACUCCAGCUUGAAAAUAUUGCAUGUACAAGAAAAGGGUGAAACUUAAUCUUUUUCUUUACAUCAAAAUUAUUUGAAUUCGGUUAUAAUAAUAGAAAUCUGUGUCCAAGAGCAAAAUUGCAACCGCAAAUGUUCAUGUACUGAUAUAGUAAUAAACUUAUAUUGGUUCUAUAGAGAUAUAUUUGUGCUUCAAGCGUUUUCAAAUAAUACUGUUAAAAUGAUCCUUAUUUCUUAUAUUCUGUUAUACAAAAAUUAUGAGGUAAAAAAACUUUCACUAUAAUUUUUAACUGCUUUGAAUACAUUUAAAAAGAAAAAUAAUUUUAUAACAUAUUUAAACUAGAAAUUUUGCAUUAAGACAUAUUUCUCGGCAACAGGCAGUCGAAAAUAUGUUUCUCACUUUAUUGCAUUAUAAAUAAAAACGCCUUACACUGAUUGAAAACUGCUAUUUAAGAUAUUCUCAUAUUGUUAUUAUGCCACUUCUGUCACUUUUGCAUAAAAUCAUUGUCCUCAUAUUUAUGACUAUGAUUUGUAUAAACACUUACACUCAACGAUAUAUAUCGAAUUGAAAAUAAAUGCACCAAAUUUGGAAAUUCUGCAUCCUGCAAAUGCAAUAAUGAAACAAUUCAAAUGUCACAUUUUUGGUUGUUAAAAAAAAUCACAAAACUGUUUUAGAUAAAGUUUAAUUGUGUCAUUAACUGGUACAAAGCAUUUAUCCUAUGCCAAUUUGAUUAAAAUGCAAAGUAUUGAAAUUUAGAAAACUUUAUAAUAGUAUUAACCCACUGGCGGUUAAGGAAAUGGGCAAAAUAGGGAGAAUGUUUCUCCCCUACACACAGAUCCCCUAUCAGUUAACAUGGGAAAACCGGUUUUGCUAUGCAGAGAAGACUGCAGGUUAAAAUGCGACUUUUUACGUGCAGAACCGUCAUUGGGUUAAAUCAUUUUCACAAAGUACUAAUGUAAUGUUAGAUGUAUUACACUCUCUUUAAAGUCUUUUUUUUCCUUAUAGUUAUUAUAGUAAUACAUUUCUAUUAUUAAUGUGUGUAUAACAUAUUACUACCUUUUUCACAGUUAAGAAGAUAUAAAAUAGAAAUUUAGUACGCAAUGUUUCUAAUAUAGAAUUAAGGUUAAAAAAAUAUUAGCUUUUAAUUAUUCAGAAACAAUAGAUGAAAAUAUACUGUAAAAUUCAUUGUUACUUUCAAGCUGUAAUGUGAUUGUUAUUUUUUAUUUUGAAUUGAAAAUAAAAUAAUUUUUUUCUA